AUGGCUUCCUCGUCUGGCAACGACGAUGAUCUCACUAUACCCAGAGCUGCUGUCAAUAAGAUGAUCAAAGAGACUCCCAAUGUCCGGGCGGCCAAAGAUGCCCGGGAGCUGGUGGUGAACUGUUGCACUGAAUUCAUUCACAUUAUAUCUUCUGAAGCCAAUGAGAUUCGCAACAAAUCGAAAAAGAAGACCAUCUCGCCAGAGCACGUCAUACAAGCACUAGACAGUUUAGGCUUUGGCUCUUAUAUCAGUGAAGUAAAAGAAGUCUUACAAGAAUGCAAGACAGUAGCAUUAAAAAGAAGAAAGGCCAAUUCUCGUUUGGAAAACCUUGGCAUUCCUGAAGAAGAGUUAUUGAGACAGAAACAGGAAUUACUUGCAAAAGCUAGACAGCAACAAGCAGAAUUGGCCCAACAGGAAUGGCUUCAAAUGCAGCAAGCUGCCCGACAAGCACAGCUUGCUGCUACUUCAGCAAGUGCAUCCAACCAGGCAGGAUCUUCUCAGGAUGAAGAUGAUGAUGAUAUCUGA